UAUUCUGUUUAUCAGUUAAACAAAUAAAGAACCGGAACAGAGCGUUUGAGAGAGUGUGCAUAUACAACACAGGCACACACACGAUAAGUGCCAUUGAUACUAAACUGAAUACCAUUUUCUACUCGUUGAAUCCCAUUGCGCUGGUAUUUAUUUUAUGCGAUACUUUGUUCUGAGACAGUAGUGUUUCCUCUUGUGGUUUUGUUUGAACAGCACCACAUUCGGUUCCGACCGGUGCAUUUGACAAAUUUUUCCAUUGUGCAUUUCAAUUCGAUGCUAUCCGAUUCUCUAUCGGUUUGACAUCGAAUUUAUUAGUGCUUACGUGUUUUCAAUUACCAAUUCGAGCUGAGAAUAUAUCCAAGGCAAUUACCCAGUUCAACCAAGUCGAACGAAACAAAACAUAUUCAGUGUUCAACCGAUAUUUUAUGUGGGCUGUUUUAGGUCUGUGAUAAAUGAAGAUGAUGACGAUUGGACAUAAUUUACUCAUUGCAGCAACAGUUCUGGCAACAGUGCACACAUUCGUGAUAAAUCCCAAGCAACCGCUAUGUACAAGCGAAAUCUAUUGCAGUGGUGAGGUUUUGCACACAAUUCAAAUGGCUAAAAUAUUCAACGAUUCGAAAACGUUCGUCGAUAUGAAACUGAAGAAAACACCCAAAGAAACUGUACAAUUGUUCCAUGAGUUUAUGGCACAGCAUGGCGAUAGACCAACUAGAGAUGAUAUUAUUCAAUUUGUUAGUACAAACUUCGAGAAGCGAGGCACUGAAUUCGUCGAUUGGGUACCUGACGAUUGGAAAGAAUCACCAAAGUAUAUGAGCAAAAUUAAAGAUGCAAAUUUUCGUGAUUUUGCUAAUGAAUUGAAUAAACUGUGGAAGAUUUUGGGACGAAAGAUGAAAGACGAUGUUGCUAAUAAUCCAGAUCUAUACUCAAUAAUUUAUGUAAAAAACGGUGUGAUUGUGCCUGGCGGUCGUUUCCUUGAAUUCUACUACUGGGAUUCAUAUUGGAUAGUUCGUGGUUUGCUCCAUUCGGAAAUGUAUGAUACUGUCAAAGGAAUGUUACGGAAUUUCUUUUCGGUAAUCGAUCGUUAUGGAUUCAUCCCGAACGGAGGUCGAAUCUAUUAUUUGAUACGCUCACAACCGCCAAUGUUGGCAAGCAUGGUAAAAUCGUAUGUUGAUUUUACAAAUGAUGUUGAGUUCAUAACCGAAGCGUUGCCACGACUCGAGGCUGAAUUCGACUUUUUCACAAACAAUCGCGCACACAAUGUACACGGAUAUGAAUUGUAUGCCUAUGGACCCAAAGCUCUGAACGGCCCACGACCGGAAUCAUACUAUGAAGAUUAUGAUUUGGCGCGUCGUUCAUUCACAACUGAAGAUGAGAAAAUGCAGUUUUAUUCGAAUAUGAAUGCGGCGGCGGAGAGUGGAUUCGACUUCACUGCUCGUUGGUUCAUCAAAAAUGGAACGAAUGAGGGUCAGUUGCGCGACAACAAUGCUCGAUCCAUUGUACCCGUCGAAUUGAACUCAAUGAUUUAUUUCAAUGCCAAAAUUCUUGCCGAUUAUCACAGCAAAUUGGGAAAUGACAAAAUCGCUGCCAAAUACGAGUACAAAUCGCAAAAGAUGCUCGAAGCUGUAGAAGCGGUGCUAUGGAAUGAGGAGGAUGGUGCAUGGUACGAUUAUGAUUUACUCAAUCAAAAACAUCGGUCAUACUACAGCAGUACAAAUCUGUCACCGCUAAUGCACGGCUGCUACGAUAUAGCCAAUAAAUCAGCUAUUGCACGCAAAGUGCUCGCUUACAUCGAUUCAAAUUCUUUGGAUGCUUUUCCCGGCGGUGUACCAACAACACUAAUGCAAACGGGCGAACAAUGGGAUUAUCCGAAUGCUUGGGCACCAUUGCAACAUUGGUUGGGUGAAGGCCUACGCAAUCUUGAUGAUAGAAAUGCCACGGAUCUCGCAAACAAAUGGACCAACCGCUGGACACUUUCGAAUUAUAUUGCAUAUAAGGAGACAAAAGCUAUGUUUGAAAAGUAUUCGGCUGAAACACUGGGUGGUCACGGCAAUGGCGGCGAAUAUGAUGUACAAAUUGGCUUUGGCUGGACGAACGGCGUCAUUAUCGAAUAUCUGGCAAAAUAUGGCGAUAACUUAACGACAUUUAAUUGAAUUUGCUACUUAAACGCAUCGAAUCGUUACAUUUGAUGUGUUACAUUGGCGUUGUGAUGUGGAUUGAGUUGUUUUGUAUUGCAUUGUACAUAUGCGAUAAUGUGACAAUAAAAUUGAUGCAAUUCGUUUUAAAUCAA